GAGAACUGCAAGACUCAAAGACUUUUUCACUGAUUCAAUACUAUCUAUGACACUGAAGUUGUAACAUUCGGUCUUUUCUGUGAAUUCCCGAUUUCUUAAGGCUACCAAUGAGAUGAAAAGUAUUCAUUCAAACCAACUUGUACUUCAAAUUUUGUUUAUGGAUCAGUUAACCUCCGGAUAAAGAACCUGCAACUAAUAAAACAGCGCGUUGAUCAUCCUCUCCAUAUUCUCUAAGAUAUUUGAACUUCGGGCCAGCAGAGAAGUUCCCCUCUUCACUGGUGACCAUAGACAGAUGUUUAGGGUGAAGAUGGCGACCAAAGGCAGAUUCAACAGAGGGAACAUAGGAGAUCCAUCACAAACCAACGUCGCUGAUAAUAGUUCACUGGAGCCAGCGGGAAUAGACCACUGCGAGAAAGACAAACUAGAACAACUCUUUGAGAAACUGACCAGCACUACCCUCACGGGUUUUCCAUCUGCCUGGGACUUGAUGCAGGAAUUGCAGUCGAUCUGUGGUGAAUUGGUAAAAUCCAGCUUUAUUCACGCCCUACCACAUGAGAUAGCAUCUGUUAUUGUACACCAAAGAGAAAAGCCUCUUGAGCAAUUAGUAAAUUUGGCCCACGACGAAAUGAUGUUUAAAUUCAACAAAAACCCUGCUGUUCAAGCAAAUGGAAGCACAACGUCAAGUUCUAACCAAACUCCCACUCCGAAGAGGAAUACAAACUCUUCCGAAGUCCAAUAUGGACCACUUGCAACUUCUUCUAAAAAAGAUUGGGAUAUGACUUCACUUCCGCGGGAGAAGAAGCAGGCACUAUACCCGAGCGGAUAUUUUUUUUCCAUGCAUGACAUUCCUUCAUGGUCAGAUUACGCUCGUCGAAACUCAUGGGCUCUGGCAAAGUCACUCGAAAAAUGCAAGCACAUUCCUCAACUUCCUAAGUUUGCUGUGGACCCAAGUCUGAACACUAAAGUUUCUUUGUUCUUAGGAGAUAUCACGACCCUUGCAAUUGACUGCAUUGUGAAUGCAGCUAACGCAUCCCUGCUCGGCGGUGGAGGAGUGGACGGGGCAAUCCAUAGAGCUGCUGGACCACGCCUCCGGACGGAAUGCGAGACCCUAGGUAGAUGUCGUACAGGUGACGCUAAAAUCACUCAUGGAUACCAGCUACCUGCUAGAACAGUUAUUCACACUGUUGGCCCCACAAAUGGAGACAGAGCUGAUCUGCAAAAUGCUUAUUGGAGCUCCCUCAAUCUGGCUCGCGAACAUAAGCUGAGAUCCAUUGCUUUCCCCUGCUAUCUUGGCAAUUUAGUAUCAGCACGAAGGCGUUAA